GGACUGAUUGUCAGCGGAUGUCCCAUUCGUCCUUCGGAGACGAAGGGAAAGGGAUUGCUUUCAUCCUUUAUACCAUCCUUUUUGCAGACCUUUCUUCAUAUUCGGCAGGCUGCCGGCCUUCAGGCCGCGGAUAACUGAAUCUGUUGAUUGACAGAUGUCCUUGGAUGAGUUCUGUCAUCCCCUUUGAAUCAACUCCAAUCAUGCGCGAAAGAAUCAAGUGACAAAGGCUCUUUAAGGAGGAGCAGGCAAGAUGACAGUCAGCUCCUUCUCGCCCCCUUGAACGACCCUCGUCAUGUCUGCGCCGUACGCUGGGUCCACAGAGUCCAACCCGGCAACUGGGUCAUCAGGAGCCGCCGAAUCUGUGGCUGGCGGUGGUUGGAACCCGCAAGCUAGUCCGAUGACACCUCAAGCGCUUGAUCAAAUGUACUGGUCUUUCACUCCCGGCGAUCCGUCUUCAUACACUUUCUACCAGACUCUGGGCUUGGCUCUGUGUGCCGUCAUCACCAUGUCCACUUGGACCAACACGUUCCGAUACUUUCAGACCUUUGGCAAAUCCGACAAUGCGCUUCUACAGAGUUGUAUCGCCUUUGGAUUUCUUCUGACGAGUGCCCAGCUCUUUCUCCAGGUCUACCACCGAGAGGACGGAAUCAUCGGUUUCUCGCAAGCGCUAAUCUCGAGCAUUUUUGCGUUCUUUGGAGUAGUCUACUACACUCACAAGAUCUAUACGCUAUCGGGUCGGAGAUGAUACAUCCUGAGUAUCGGAAUGGUUGCUGCCCUUGCACAUUUCGGCAUAUGCCUCUAAUGCCUCACUCCUCACCAGUAUCAAU